AUGAACUCAAAAAAAAAUGAUGUGUUUAGUAUUACUAAGCCUUAAAUAUGCUAAAAUCACAAUUAAAAACUAUAAUUAGUGUGCUCUGAUCCAGAAUGUUAGUAACAUGGAUUAAUUUGUAUUGAUUGUUUACUUUAAAACCACUAAGAUUGUAAAGCUUAUAUUAAGAAAUAUGAUGAAUUUCUGUAGAUAUUUUAUAAUGAAAUCCAAAAAUUUCAAUAAAGGAAGGAGAAAGUAAAAUAAAAUAAAAAUUUUUAGAGAUUAUAAGAUGCUUAAACCAUUCUACUUAGUCUAGGAAAAUUAUAACAAAAAUUUAAUGAAAUCAUGUUAAUUUUAUAAUUAGUAAUAGAAUAUUUUAAAUUUUUUAGGAUAUUGAAACUUUCUUAUAAUAAUAGAAUUUAGAAGAUGAUGAUCAAAUAAUGAUGAAAAAUUUGUUUUAGGCUAAUUUUGAAGGGGAAAACGAAUUAAUAAAAGACUUUAUCUAAAAUUAAGACAAGUAUACUUUUCAAGAUUAGGAAUAUUCUUGGGAGUCUUAAGGGAGAUAAUUUGUUGAAGAUCUAUCUCAAAUUCUUUAAGAUCUAUAGAAUUUAGAAUUUGUAGAAUAAAAAUAACCUAUAAUUUCAUAUAAAUAUCAAAAAGUAAAAGGAAUAGAAGAUUUAAAAGGGAUAAAUUGUAAUAUUCAAAAACUUAGAUUAGUAUUGUAUUUAUUUAAGUAUAUUAAUUAGAUAAGAAAAUAAUUGGGAAGGGAUAAGGAAUAUAUUUCCAAAAUUUGUUGGUUUAAAUAGUUUAUAAAUUACUGCUAUAAAAUCACCUUUAAAAGCUUAAAUUUUAGAAGAAAUACUAAUAGCAAUAUAAUACUUACCUAGAUUAGAAAAAGUUAAGAUUAAUUUAAUAGGUUCAAAUGCAAAUGAAUAAACAUUAAGAUUAAUUCUAAAAAUCAUUUGUAAUAAAAAUUUGACAGAAUUUGGAAUUUCUUUUGGAUAUAGUUAAAUUUUAUCAGAUGAAUUUAUAAGAUAAGUAAACUAAUUUAAAGAAUUACUAAAAGGAAUUUCAAAAAUAUAUAUAAGUAAUCAGCUACAUGAAUUUACAGAAAAGUAAUAAAAGUUGCUUAAAACAUACAUAAGUUAAAUUGAAUUUAUUAUGUGA